CCUAAGAAACCAUUUUUAAUAUUUUCCGGAAGAAGACUUCUGACCCGGAAGUAGUCGACCAAAAGUGAACGAAACAAUUGGACGCUAAGUAUCGAUGGGUGUCACUUGUGUGUGCCAGGUGCCUGUGGCAGAGGGGAAGAGUGUGCAGCAGACAGUGGACAUCCUCCAUAAGAAGCUGGAACAGCUGGCUGCUGUGAAGCAGGGCAGCUUCUGUGUAGACUGUGAGACCUACCAUGCAACAGGAAAUGUCAGCGGUCAGCCCACCAAGCUCCUGUACGUGAUGCACAACUCUGAAACUCCCCUGAGCUGCAUGGCUCUGUUCGAAGGUGGACCCUGUGUGAUAGCUGAUGCAAACUUCGAUGUUCUGAUGGUGAAACUAAAGAGUCACUUCCAAAACGCCAAGGGGCACAAGGUGGAGUGUCGUGGUUCUAGAUAUCGCUACUGUGACUUCCUGAUUAAAGUUGGUACGGUGACGAUGAGCUCCAGUGCCAGAGGGAUAUCAGUAGAGGUGGAGUACUGUCCCUGCGUGGUUCCUGGGGACUGCUGGAAUUUAAUAAGGGAGUUCAUGGCAUCCUUUCUUGGCUCCAGUGUCCCUGAACUGCCGUCUGUGUUUGCUGCCAAACCUGAAGGGCUCUUUGCACCAGCAGACUGUGUUGACACCAUGACGCAGUACCUGGAGCUGUUCAACAAGCUGCGUAAAAUGCAAAUCCAAGGAAGUAAUGUGCGUUGACUUGUUUGUAGCAAUUAAGUAAUCUAUUUUUUUUUACGUUUGUGUUGAUGUUGUAAUAAAUGUUUUCCCCAUGGAGCAGCAUGGGAACAGAA